ACUAACGCUCAGCGGAAACGGUUAUAAUUACUAAUAUUCGGGCGAUACUUUCGUUCUCAAACAAGUGCCCAAACGUUCGCGGUCUCGCGCUCCCCUGGAAAGGCAAUCAAAACACCCACGAUCUCAAUCACUCCACCUCAACUGAAGCAAUGAGGCCCUAAGAUGGACAUACGAUAUUGGAAGUCAACGUUUAAGGUUUGCGGGCUGAUCCUAACCCUGUGGAUCGCUUGGGUCCAAGGACAAACCGAUCUUCCGGCGAUUUUAGUGAGUGAGGGUCAGGAACUAGCCGAUAAGGUGGAGGUGAAUGUUGUUCCUACGGCCUAUACGCUGCGUUUCAGCAUUGCAGAUGAGACGGAAUAUUCCAUAGAUGGAAUCACCUGUCGCAAUGGAUCCGGAACGGAGACCAAGGCCAACGAGGAUCACGUGUGCGAAAAACUUAAUCCCUGCACUUUCUAUACGUGCGUGGUUUCAUUCCGGUCAAACUCUGAAAAUCGUCCACCGUCUGAUCAAACGAUCUAUACCUACACCGAAUAUAAACAGCCCAGGACCACAUUAAACUCGGUGGUGGCCACUGCGAACACAAUCAAGGUGACAUGGCAGACGAACGACCGCGCCUGCGUCAAUUCCUUCAAGAUCACGGCCAAGUGGGCGGAGUCCUCGAAGAGCAUUGAGCAGCUGAGCGACAAGAACACCUGCACGUUCGAGGAGCUGAACGCCUGUCUGACGCACACAGUCACGCUGGAGACGCGUAACAAUGCCAGCGUCGUGGUGGAUACGGCCAACAGCACCGUGGACACCGACUACUCGGAACCCGGAGAUCUCGCCAUGAAUGUGGCGAACCUCCCGAGUGGAAUCACCAUAGUCACAUGGGGCGAUCCCAGCGAAAAGAACUGCAUCCGGAAUUACCUCUUUAAGUGGCGCCGAGAUGAGUGCGGAAAGGAUCAAACUCUGGACACCACCACGGAAGAACCCAGUAGGGAGACAUCGCCCGAGAUGGAUUCCAUCACCGCAACCACAACGGAGCUGGAGACUACCACCCCGGAACAGCCAAACGAUGAUGUUCAGUGCGAAUGGAGUGCCGAUUCUGCCGAUGGCAAACUCAGGGAAUAUCUUUUAACAGAUCUCCAAGGAUGUGAGCCGUACACUUUCCAAGUGUUUAUCAAUGACAACAACACCGCCAAGGCUUCCCAGCAAUUCAUAUCGGCCGAAAAGAUGGUCAGUGCUGUGUAUGAACCCACUCACACUGCGGACUCCACCCAGUUGCAUUGGACUUGGUCGGAGCCCCAAGAUCAUCCCAGAUGUGUGGCCAACUACAGUGUUAAGCUGACGGGACCAACCCAAAGAUCGGUUAACCAAACCUUCGAGUUGGUGACCCAAGAUAGGUUUGCCAGUUUCGAGAACCUAGAUCCUUGCGGGCUGUACAUAGUGGAGAUUGUGCCCACGCAGCUGAAUGGUAGCUCCGGGGUCAGGUUUCAGGAAGAGAGCACCGUUGGGGAGGAUCAACCCACGCAAAUCCUGGAGCCCGUGGUGGAGCCCAGUGCCUACUCCAUAGAGGUGAGUUGGCAAACUCCAGCCUACGCUGAUCUCUGCAUCGAUGGCUACCGCCUGUCCGGCUGGAUGGAGGAUGACAAGCUGGUCGAGGUGGAGGCCCUCAGUUCGAGUACCCAGAACACCACUGUGGUCUUCGACAAGAAUCUUCUGGCCUGUCAGGUGUACAUCAUCCAGAUCAUUCCAUACACCAGGGAAAGUCUCGACGGCGAGCUGAGGCAGAUUGAAGUGGAGACCAAAGCAGCCAUUGUGGAUCACACCAAGGUCAAACUGGAUAUGAAGCGAGCUGGCUCGGAAUUUCUGGAGUUAAUCGCCUUCAAUACAGACUACAACAACACCUGUCCUACGAUCUUUGCGCUUUUUAGGUGCAACACCACCUCCCAGGUGCGUCAUCCGUAUUCGGAGCGAUAUGUGGAGGGACACAGCAAACAAGGAUUCAAUGCCACUCUGAACCCACUUUCCCCAUACACCAACUACUUCUGCAGUGUGGUUCUUUACAACGUGGCUGGACCUUCAAACACAGUGACCACGACUGGUCUGCAGACCACAACGUUCUUUCCCGAGGAGCCGGAGAACGUCCAGCUGAACGACAGCACCCAUAGCAGCCUACUUUUUAGCUGGCAGCCACCCACCUACAUGAACGGACCCAUCAAAUAUUACCAGGCCUUCCUCAUGGGCCACGAGCCCAGUUACUUUGUGCCCGAGGACUGUUCCGAGAUCGCCCACGACACCAAGUCGGAGACCAAGGGUGAACUCAAUGUCAACUUCACGGGUCUGGCCCCAGCGAUGCGGUACAUGAUGCAGGUGGCUGCUCAGAACGAUUUCGGAAUGGGAAAGUACACUGUCCCCGUAAUUGGCACCACCAAGCCCUCAGUUUCCGACAAAGUGACCCAGCUGACCGUAACGCCACAGGGUCCGGAGAAGGACAACACCCAGUACGGAGCCAAUGUGACUGUCACGUGGAAGGUGCCCUGCAAGUCGAACGGCGACAUCGAGUACUUCCAGCUGGGCUUCAGCGGAGUGCGGGAAAAAUUCGAGCCUGUGGCAUUCCAACGCAGGGUGGAGAUGGACCCGUACAAUCGCCGGGGAAGGAUGUCCUACACGGAGACGGAAAUGCAGCCGCAAUACAACUACACAGUCGAAGUGGCUGUCAAGAAUCGGGAUGUGAAUCAGCUCAGUGGUAGUGUGGCGGGUGCUUGGCAAUCUCCGGCGGGAUUACCCACCGCUCCGAGUCAAGAACUGAUCAAGCAAAUGCGCGCCAACGUGGACGAGACAAACCAACCGACGAAAACGGCAGUGGUUCGACUUCCGGCGGAAAUAAUGACUUCAGAAUCCGGAGAAAUAACAUACAUGGCACUGUUGCUCUCGCAGAAGAACUGUGCGGGAGUCCCGUCCCUACAAUACGAUGUCACCAGGGACAGCGACUGGCCGGAUGUCUUGAGUUACCAGACUGCAGGAGCCGACGGUUCCGGGGAUUGUAGGCUACAGUACCAGACCACGGAGAAAAAGUGGCGUCCGGAGCCCGUUCUUCGUCAGCGAAGUAGCGUGGAUGUGGACACGACCGAGGAAAUAGUGUUCACCAUAGGCGUGGACAAGUGCUCGGAGGUGCACAAGGAGUACUGCAAUGGACCACUGCUGCCCGAUACGGACUACAAUGUGGUGGUACGACUGUUCACCUCCUCCGGUUACAGCGAUGCCGCCGUGCUGAAUUUCAAAACCAAAGCGGCCAUUAAGGUGACGCUGAUCCUGGUCAGCGUUUGCUGUUGUCUCAUCUUGGCCUUCGUCAUCGGACUGGCCGUUCUGUGGGUGCGAAAGCGUUUGGCCUGGAAACGUGACUCCGGCCAGGGCAUCGAGGAUCCCUUUGGCAAUGUGAUUGCCAAGAACUUUGCCAUCUUCUAUGCGGAGGUGGCCAAGCCGGAGAAAUUGGCGCGGGAGUUCAAGGAGAUCACCGUUGUGGCCCUGGAAUUGAGUUUUUCUGCCUCGGAGUUGGGUUGCCACAAGAAUCGCUAUGCCGACAUAUACCCUUACGACAAGAAUCGUGUAAUCCUGGACAUAGAUGCUGAGGGAUCGGACUAUAUCAACGCCUCCUUUAUAGACGGUCACACGCGUAAAAAGGAGUACAUAGCUACCCAGGGACCGAAACCGGAGAGCGUAAUGGACUUUUGGCGCAUGAUCUUGCAGUACAACGUGCGGGUUAUUGUUCAGGUCACCCAGUUCCGCGAAGGCAACACGAUCAAGUGCCAUGAGUACUAUCCGUACAACAUGCGGGGAUUGGCAGUGACUGUGAAGUCCAAGGAGGUCUUCGAUCUGUACGAUCGCACCGAACUGACGGUUGUGCAUGACAAGUACGGCCUGAAGGAGAAAGUGGUGCAUUUCUACUUCAAGAAGUGGCCCGAUCACGGCUGCCCCGAGGACCCGAUGCACUUGAUCACCCUGGUGAAGAAGGUGAAGGCGGAACGGCGACCCAGCUACUCGCCCAUCGUCGUCCACUGCAGUGCGGGAGUGGGCAGGACGGGCACGUUUAUUGGCCUGGAUCUGAUCAUGCAGCGCCUGAAGAGCGAAUCGAAGAUCAACAUUUUCGAGACGGUCAAGAAGCUGCGCUUUCAGCGCAUGAAGAUGGUCCAGACGCAGCAGCAGUACACGUUCCUAUACGCCUGCACCUAUGAGCUGGUGAAACACAAGAUUCCCAGGGCCGCCUUGAAAAAUGGAGGACGUCCAAAAUCGGUGACUACACCAGCCGCCAUUUCCGCUCCUCCCAAGAAGGUGAGCUUUCCGGACGUGGAUGUGGGCAAUGGGGAUGCCUUCGUUGCAUAUGCUCCGAUGUCCGAUCUGGAGAACGGUGUGCCCACCCUGCAGCUGCCCGCUCGGUUUUCCGGCCUGCGGAGGAGUAGUCCACCGGGCGAAAACGAUGGCCCAACCACCAGCAGCAACAUGUGAAGCAUUUGUAUUAUACAAACAAAAUUAAGCAGCAAUAAUAGCCAAAGAAAAAUGUGUCUAAAGCAUAAAACGUCUAAAGUGGAGGGAAAAUUGUAUUUAAAAAAACUGUUUUGUACAUAUAUUUUAUUUAUAAAAAGUGCAUGUAUCAUCGUCAAAACUA